AUGGGUUUCUCUAAGCGCAUCGGUCAAAUCGCGAUCAAGACGGGAGGUGGCCAAUCUUUCCUUGGCAACGACGCCGGCCGCGCCGCCGAUUACUCUGCUACCACUGCGGGCAUCGUCGAUGAAGAAGUCAAGAUUCUCGUUACCGCGGCGUACCGACGCGCCAAGGACUUGGUUCAAGAAAACAUCGCGGUCCUUCACGCCGUUGCGGAGGUACUCAUGGAGAAGGAGAACAUCGAUGGGGAUGAGUUUGAGCAAAUCAUGCUCAAGGCGAAGAGCGAGCUCUACCUCAAGGCGGACAACCCGACCAUUACGGUUCCGUACCAGAGCGCCUAA